AUGUCGUGUGCGAUGCCAGCCGCCCAGAAUGCCUCAACUGAGGCUCUAGGGCACCUCACUGGAAUCCCAAUGGUGGACUCCUAUCUCUCCGGCUUUUCUUUCAUUUCACUUCUCUUUACGCAAUAUCUACACAUGGACAUCAGCGCAUACAUAUCGCUCCUUUUCGUCCUCGCCACAGUCGUCGCUACCGUCCGACUGCGCGUGGAAACCGUGAUUGAAAAGUUCCGGGGUUACUUCACCUCCACUAUCGAAGUGCGCAUGGACGACGAAGUGUUCAGCUAUCUCAUGUUUUGGGUGUCGCGCCAGCGGUUUUCGCAAAAGUCAACGCGCGUUGUCGCAAGCACCAAGACCAACGCGGGCUAUUACUACUACUCAGAUGAUGAAGAAGGAUCCGACCAGGAAGACGACGAGGACGAGGGAGAACUCCUCGACGGAACAAACGACUUUGACUCGUACUGGGAAAAACGCGUUGGCAAGGACAAACUGAAGCCCCUCCGAAUCACCCCCGCAGCGGGUUCUCACGAGUUUCGGUUUAGAGGCUAUCGCAUCACUUUCAAGCGGGAGCUCGACGAGAAGCGCCUUAGUUGGGGCACGGCCCGUGAGACAUUGUACAUUAGCUGCUUCGGCCGGAAUCCCAAUGUGCUGAAGGACCUCUUGCUGGAGGCGCAGAAGAUGUAUGUGGAUCGUGAUGGGGAUCGCACCAUCAUCUAUCGUGGAAAUCGAAACUCGGAUGCAUGCUUUGACUGGACACGGUGUAUGGCGCGGCCACCUCGGCCCUUGUCCACCGUUGUGCUCGAUGAGGCCCAGAAGAAAGAUUUCAUUGCAGAUAUCAAAGAAUAUCUCCAUCCUUACACUCGGAGAUGGUACUCCAACCGGGGAAUUCCCUACCGUCGGGGCUACAUGCUUCACGGUCCUCCGGGAACGGGGAAAUCAAGUCUCUGUUUCGCUGCUGCCGGCGCAAUGCAUCUGAAAAUCUAUCUGGUCAGUCUCAACUCCAAGACUCUGACGGAAGAUGCCUUGGCAUCGCUUUUCCAAAGUCUGCCUCGACGAUGCAUCGUUCUGUUGGAGGAUGUGGAUGCAGCCGGAGUAGCAAACAAGCGAGAAUCUACAACCACCAACUCAAACUCCGAUAACUCUAGCAGCACUACCUCAUCGGAUAACUCCAAGGACAGCUCUGAAAAUAAACCGCAGAACUCUGACGAAGAGAAAAAGUCCGAUGAUGAAACCCCCGCUCACCAGGGCGUCUCCCUCUCCGCACUUCUAAACAUCAUCGAUGGUGUAGCCUCGAGCGAAGGCCGCAUUCUGGUUAUGACUACUAACCAUAUCGAAAAGCUCGACUCUGCUCUCCUCCGUCCUGGUCGCGUCGACAUGACUAUCGCAUUCGGCUACUCUGAUCGGGAGACUAUCCGAAACCUCUUCCUUGCUAUUUACGCCCCGCUGGAAUGCGAGAGUAAUAAUAAGAAAGCCAUAAACCCACCUUCCCCCAAGGAGAAAGGACAUACAUCUAAAUCAGCAUCUAUAUCCUCAAACCUCUCCAAAGCCUUUUCUAUCACGGGAUUUUCCAAGGACGAAGUCUACGAAAUGGCCGAGGAGUUUGCCAACCGUGUCCCCGGCAGCGAGUUCACGCCUGCCGAGAUUCAGGGAUUUUUGCUGUUGCACAAAAAGAGUCCACAGGACGCAAUUGAUGAGGCUGAGAUGUGGGUGAGCCAGACUAGAGAGAAGAAGAAGACUGCUUUGACGUCUGCUGGGGUAUAA